AUGACACGCUUUGCGUCCGAGGAAGCACUUGACUGCAUGCUUGCCUACUACAAGGUUGCACUGAAGCGUUUUGUUGAUGACAUUGCCACUGAAGUAAUCGAAGUAAAGCUUCUGGGUGCAAUUCCUACACUUUUUACACCUAUAACAGCAUUCGAGAUGCCCAAAGACUUGAUCAGACAAGUCGCCGGUGAAUCUGAGGAGAGCCAAAGCCGACGGGAACAAUUGAACAAAAAAUUGUGGAUCCUCAGGAAAGGUUCGGAUACUUGCAAACGUUUCGUUGGCAUCAGAGGCCUUGCUUGCUCUUGUAGCUUGGUUGAUGCGAUUGACUCUGAACCAGUCGACAGACAGUCCAGAUCAUCUAGCCCGGAUCUACUAGAGCAACCUGACAAAGAUGAGCAUGCUCAAGAGCAUACUACAGAGCCGGAGCAGCUGUUGGAUGCUCCUAUUCCAACGAAGGGUAGCAAAAAGAAAAAAAGGGAAGGUUUGCCAACAAACUUCUAUCUCCCGUCGAACACCCUGUUGAGUCUCCUACGGAACAAGAAAUAUUCGAUUGAGGAUGGCAAUCUGGCCAUUGGAUGGAUUUCCUACAGUAUCCAGAAAAUCCACUCCGUUGCUGGAAAUUUAUUUGAACGGUGGUGCGUUUAG